GAACGAGCAGCAGAAUCAAGCAGCACUCCUCACUGUUGAAAUGAGCUCUCGGCUGUGUUAAACUUUAGCCUGCUGGAGAUCUGAACAGCCAGUGAGGACAAUAGAUGGCGGCAGCUCAUUAUAUCCUUCACGCGCGCGGCUCCACUACUGCACGCGCGCGGAGCAUCAUUGACCUUAGGUAGUAGUUCUUUAUAUAAGCCGCGCUACCUGCGUGUGGGAGCAGCGUGGCUCAGCUGAGGAGCGCGUGGAACGCCCUCAUCUCCUCCUCCUCCUCCUCCUCCUCCUGCUGCUGCUGCUGCUGGUUUUACUCACUGCUCCCUCAGCCGGAGCACACGCCGAGAGUCACGCCGGCUAUCGCUCUCUGUUAUGAGUUAGGACUGGAUCCACAGGAACCGAUUCAUUUGGAGUGAAACCUGCCUCUGAUUCUUUUCCUCCUUCACCAUUCAUACACCUGCUCUCCCCCCCUCCUCCACCUCCACCAGCCUCAGCAGCGCGAGCCUACCUGUAGCAGUUUGAGCGGGAAACAGACGCGCGCGCGACGCCGUUUCAGCAGCGAAGGCGCUCAACUCAAACUUUACCGGGAUACUCGAGCAGCAAGCCGGCGGAUGAGGGCAGCAGCUCGGCUGUGGAGCUGCGGAGAACACGCCAGGACGGAGGCGAAGACAGCCUAGUGAAAGAUGAAGUCUGCAGGGGUUGGAGAUGGAGGACUCUUUACAGAGAGCUACUGCAACAUCUGCAAUGCCCAGCUCAUCUCUGAGUCACAACGUGUUGCACAUUAUGAGAGCAAGAAACAUGCCAAUAAAGUACGCCUGUUCUACAUGCUCCACCCAGAAGAUGGUGGCCCACCCUCCAAAAGACUGAGACCAGACAACCCGGACAGUGCAGAGAAUGAAGUGGACAGGAACAAAUGCUGCACGCUCUGCAAUAUGUUCUUCACAUCUGCCAUCGUGGCUCAGUCACACUACCAGGGCAAAACACAUGCUAAGAGAGUACGCCUGGUGCUCGGAGAGCAGCCCAGCAUAACCACCCCCACAGACUCGACCCCAACAACCCCUCAGCCCACAGAUCCUCCCCCACCGCCUCCACCGUCAUGGCCCACAACAGGCAACAAUGGAGAAGCAGGCAAGUACUGCUGCCUGUGCGGCGCCUGGUUCAACAACCCUCUGAUGGCACAGCAACACUACGAGGGCAAGAAGCACAAGAGGAACGCAGCGCGGGCAAGGCUACUGGAGCAGUUGGCGGGCAGUCUGGAUGCCACAGAGAGCACAGGUCUGCGCAGUAGUUACUCAUGCAGCAUGUGUAACGUGGUGCUGAACUCCAUUGAGCAGUACCAUGCACACCUCCAGGGCUCCAAGCACCAAAACAAUUUGAAACAACAUCAGCAAUGAAACCCUGCUGAUGCUGGAAUCAUAGGGAAUGAAGCUCAGAUGAAAGGAACAUGCACUCUCACAAAGAACUUACGGAGCUGCAAGGACAUCUAGAACUGGACACGGAUUUGUUUCUGACUGAGCUUCUCGAUAUCUUGGAGGUUCCUCGACCAUUUUGUGCUUUAUAUUUCUAUUCAAGGUCAACAGUUAAACCAACAGUCAUACGAUGGGAAUCCACACUCUCUCUCUUCCCCUCUGUGACUAAUGUUUGAACCUAACGUAAAUUGAUGUCAGUUGGUGUUACAGUGGUUAUAACAAUGACAAUGAACAGUCAUAGUAUAACAGCACCAGCCUGUAAAGACAGGGUCACAGUACUUGAGUAUUUUGUUGCAUCCUCAAAGUCUUUCGUACAAUGAUGAUGAUGAUGAUGAUGAUGAUGAUGAUUAUCUGUGAUAUGUCAACCCACUCUGCUCCUCCAACCUCUGAGCACUGCUUCGGUGGAUCACUCAGGCAUACCAAGCUGGAAAAAGGCACCUUUAAGAGGUUGUCAGUCAUCUUAGUGGCUUUGUUUUGUCAAGUAAUUGUCCUGCUUAUUUGUGAAUGCUGCCAGUGAUGACGAGUCAGUUAGACCGCCUUUAUGUAAAAUUCAUCUUGGCCAUAAUGUAGAAGUGCAGCAGGCAUAGCGAGGACUUUUCAACGUUCCUACACACAGGCCACAAUGUUUUCUCUAUAAACUACACAUAUGUAAGCUGACCCAUAUCUACUUUUUGAAGAAGACAUUCCUACAGACUGACCUAUGCUACAGAUCACCAUUGCAGAGACUAGACACAGAGCCACUGGUUAUGUACAGGUCUGAAUUUUUACAUGACCCAUGCAGAUUCACCAUUAGCAAUACGAGUAUUUUCUGUUUCACUGAUGUUGGCAGCCAGCCUGAGGGUUUUAAAUCAUAAAUAUUGUCGCCGUCAUAUCUAAGCCUCCUAACUCCUAAAUUAACCCUUUCAGACCUGAAUUAUUUUCAGGUAAUGUUAAGAAUGUUUUUUUUUUUUUUUUGUAAUCUACACAAAAUAAGAAUCAGUAUUUAAAUAUAAAAUUUAGUACAGUACAAUUGUAAAUGUUAUUAUAUUUAUUAUUUUAUAUGAUAAUAUUUCUAAUGUCCAAUGCAUUUGAAGCCUGUGUUUAACACUGAUAUUGACAUUUUUAACUUCACAAACCAUGAUUAAAGCUUCAAAUUAACUUGAUAAAAUAAAAGUGUUUUAAAUUAGAUAAAAUAAAUAAAAAUAAGCCCCCUACAUUUCCUUCAUAGCUGAGGUUACUCCUGACAAGCUACUGUUUCAUUGGCUGGUAAACUUUUUAAUUGGCUUGGCUAUUGUGACGGACAACAGGUCUCAAUCAGUGUUAUGGGCAACAAAACAUUAGAAAAAAGAAGAAACAACAUGAUGUCCAUUGUAAUAUACUCAAGGUCUGAAAGGGUUAAGUUUUUUUAAAUAUAUGUGAACUUUGUUAAGUGGACCAAUAGAAAUGGUUCAAAUUAAAUACAGCAAAUUAAAAACAAAAACAAACAAACAAAAAAAAAAGGUUUCAUUAUGAUGGCGACAAUUAAUCAUUAACAUGUACCUACACAGUCCAGUCGUUUCCACUAGAAUGAUGAUGGCAUUAAUGCUUAUAUCUAUGCCAAAAGGACUUGCUGUUAAAACAGCUUAAUGCCUUUCUGUCUGUGUUUUAAUGUUUUCUUCUACACAUGGAAAGUGAAGAACUUAUUUUUAGCUGAGUGUUCAAUAGCUAGCAUCUCAUUUUAACUACAAGGAGUCUGAUUGCAGCUGAGGUAAGAUUUAUGCAACUUGAUUAUUAACAACCAUGUCUGUUUUUUAAAUGGUAAGGUUGAAUGAUGCAAAAAAAAAAAAAAACAUUUUCUGUAAAUGAUCAGUAUCAGGAAAAAAAAGAAGAUAUUUUUGAAGUCAUUGAUUGCUAUAAUAGGAUGACGGUAGUUUUUAGGUGCUGAUUAAAUUGUGUGCUGCUUUUAAAAUAAUUUGUGGUUGAGGUUAAACCCUUCAGCUGUUGUGAAGUGUUUGUUAAAAUAGCCAUCAAAUCCAGGAAGACAAAACUCUUUAAUGGGAGUGUGUGUUUAUGCCAGAGCUCUUUUUGUAUCUCAGUAAGAGGUCCCACUUUAUAUAAACUCUCUCUGAUAAGUAGGGAUGGGUACUGUUUGAAUUGAUACUGGUAGCUGGAAUUUAGUAGCAGGACUGAGUGGUACUUAAUUCAGUAUUUUACUCUUUCUGUAGUAAAUUGUUCUUUAAUUAGAUUAGAAAAUAUAAACAUAACCUAAAAACGCAAUAUAUGAAAUACUAAAGAUGACAAAAUAUCAAAAAUAUGUAAAAAUAAAUAAAUAAAAAAGUAUAUAUUUCUUUUUCUGUCUUUAAAGGCCGAGUAAUAUUAGUGCCAUAUGUUUGAUUUGGAACAUCAUACAAUUUAAGGACCAGUGGAAAUAAAUAAGAGGAGUAAUAAAGAAGCAACAUUAGAAAAUCAAGUACAAAAUCAAAUUCAGACUCGUAAAUCCGGUACAGCUUAUUAUGUUUAUUUAGAUCAGGUGUUUGCUUAGGUUGGAAAAAGCGUUUCCAUUUCCAGCUUUGUCUUUUGCAUUAAAAAUAUGAAGCAUUUUCUACAUCAAGUUUCAAAAAAGUAACCACACACUUGAGAUUGGAUUACUAUUUCCCUGGCAAUGUGUUACGAUGUGGAAUUGAUUUGACAUAAAUCUGAACAAGAUUUAUUCCUACGCACUAGUACUGGCAAUUCCAUUUGUCCCUUUAAAAAAGUACGAACCUCAGUACCCACCCCUACUGAUAACUUUGUUGGUACAAUUCAUACAAUACAAAUGUAAAUAUAGAAGAUGUAUUCACUGGUACAGGUGCAUCACAUAGGGCCCUAUAAAAUCAGUUUUAUUAUUUUGCAAAUCCUGUUUUAUUUUUUUCUAUUUUAAAUUUUUAUCAUUUUUGUCACACUUCACAUUUUCAUGUUUUAACAGUUUUUUUUUAAAUAAGGGGAAUUAAACAAAUAUUGAAGCAAAUGGCAACAUUGUAUAUAUUAAAACGUCUGAAAUUACAUUUAGCAAUAGCAAAAACAAAUGAAUGCUGCAAAAAUAUUAAGGGCACAUAUUUUAAUUAUUAAAUUAAAAUCCU